AUGAGUUUCCUCGACUCGGUUCUCACCUCGCUCGAAACCGGCAAGCCCACCAAGCUUCCGGUUUCUCAACCCCCAUCUCCCCCCAAGAUAUCUUCCCCCAAGCGCGAUGAUCGGAAACUUGGCUCGUUCCCCCAACAUGUUUCGACCAUGAAUGCAGGAACCAAGCGCAAGGCGGAGGACCAGCUGCCUCGUCCUGUUCGCCCCGAGGGUUCAGUCUCUACCAAGUCUGGAGCCAAACCUGGGGCUUCAUCUGCAACAUCGAAGACUGCGCCGAAACCGAUUUCUGCUACCAAGCCUGUCCCCAAGAACAGCACCGUCGGCGUCAAGAAGACAGCUCCCACCAAGCCUGUGUCAACCAAAUCCGUUCCAUCCAAGACUGCUGUGGCUGCUCCCCCCGCCAAGGCCCCACCGAAAGGUUCGUAUGCCGACCUAAUGGCGAUCGCCAAAGCUCGACAGGAACAGGCCCCCCAAAAGGUUGGUUUGCUUCAACAUCAGACCGCUCCUCGCGAGCACCUUGGCCGCCAUGAAUUGCGACGCCGCUUGCAAGAAGCCAAGAUGCGAGCGAAAAUGGAGUCGAAGGGAAAGAAGUUUGAACCAGCUAUCGCCCGAAAUGGCCACAAGCGAUCCCCCGAUUCCGCUAAGCAAUCUCCCGAAGUUCCUUCUUACAAAGGCACUGCCAAGCCAGCCCGGACUCCCGAGCCGCCGACUUACCAGGGAACCGCACGUCUCCCUGGAAAGCCUGGCACUAAUGACCGUCGCCAGCAUGGCAAGCGUCGCAUGAACGAGUACAUGGGAACCGACGAGGAGGACGAAGGUGACUACGGUGGUUAUGACGACUACUACUCUGACGCAUCUUCGGACAUGGAGGCUGGCUUUGACGAUGUCGAGCUUGAAGAAGGCGCUGCCUUGAAGAAUGCUCGCAAGGAGGACGAGGAAGAGCUGCGCUUGGAGAUGGCCGCUAAGAAGGAGAAAUUGGCACGCCAGCAGAAACUCGCCGCCCUUGCAUCUCGCAAGCGAUAA